UACAACAUACUUCGUCAAGAGAGUGUGUAGUUGAGGAGUUUUUUCAGCAAUGUUUGCGAUUAAGUCAUUUGUGAGCCCAUCUUCUUCGAAAUCAUGGAGUGUGCAAUCCCGCUGUUUAUCACUUUUGUCCAACUUGAAACCUUCCAACAACUCUACUAGAAAUCACAAGAGAGUUGGUCGUGGUCCGUCAUCAGGUUAUGGUAAGACCUCUGGACGUGGUCAAAAGGGACAGAAGGCUCGUGGAACUGUGAAGCCAUGGUUUGAAGGUGGUCAGACUCCAAUCACCAAACUUUUCCCUAAGAUUGGAUUCAAGAGGGUCAAUGCUCCAGAACUUGCGGUGCUGAACUUGGAAAGAGUUAUGAGAUUCCACCGUGACGGUAGAUUGGUGUUGAAGGAGGGUGAAGUUUUGAACAUGAGAAAGAUGAAGCAGCUGGGAUUAAUCACCGGUACUCUGAGAGACGGUGUUAAAGUGCUUGCAAGCGGAAAGGAGAAGUUCAACUUGCCUCUCAGAAUUGAAGCCACUAGAGCGUCCACCGAGGCAAUCAGGACAAUUGAAAGAGCUGGUGGGGAAUUCACAGCGAGAUAUUUCACCAAACUUUCCUUAAAAGCCCACCUCUACCCUGAAUAUUUCUUCUUCAAGAGAGGAUAUAUCCCAUUGAGCGCCAGACCUACAAAGAAAAGAGACGUCCACUAUUACAGCAGAGUGGACAAGAGAGGUUACUUGGUCAAGGAGAACCACCACUUGUACCAGGCCAUCCAAAACGCUAAGACUUCAAAGCCGAAGAAGACAAAUGUUACAACAGAAGGAAUGGAAACCCUGGGCUCUACUGUAAAUGACAGUGCAUCUGGGUUCCAAACUUCAGGUGUAAUGAAACUUUCGGACUUGAACUUGUAAAUAUUAUAUACCGUGUAAAUAAACCAACGAUUCUCCCUUGCCA